GUGUGUUUCAAUGGUGCGGUUGAUUGUAAUUCGUAUUAUCACGCGGUUUGCUGCAAAUAAUUGCAUUUUUCAGCGAAUAAAUUUAUUAAUAAUUCCAUCAUUUCGGUGAAAAAGAAUAAAGAUGCCUUCGAGCAAUCCUCUGCCUCCGAAAGAGAACUCUCUAUUCAAACGAAUACUGAGGUGUUAUGAACACAAACAAUAUAAAAAUGGUUUAAAAUUCGCCAAACAAAUUCUUUCAAAUCCAAAAUACGCAGAGCAUGGAGAAACUCUUGCAAUGAAAGGAUUAACCCUGAACUGCCUUGGUCGUAAAGAAGAAGCCUACGAAUAUGUUCGUCGAGGUCUUCGCAACGAUUUAAAAUCACACGUCUGUUGGCAUGUGUAUGGGCUGUUACAGCGUUCAGAUAAAAAAUAUGAUGAAGCAAUCAAAUGUUACAGAAAUGCUCUUAAGUGGGAAAAGGAUAAUAUACAAAUUUUGCGAGAUUUAUCUUUACUACAAGUACAAAUGAGAGAUCUAGAAGGAUAUCGAGAUACGCGUUACCAUUUGUUUAUGUUGAGACCUACGCAAAGAGUUUCAUGGAUUGGUUUCGCAAUGGCGUACCAUUUACUGAACGAUUAUGAAACUGCUUUAAAUAUCUUAGAAACGUUUAGGAAAACACAAGUUCCUUCAUCUGGUUAUGAUUUCGAACACAGCGAAUUUUUACUUUACCAAAAUAUGGUAAUUCAAGAAUCUGGAGCGUAUGAAGAAGCUCUGAAACAUCUACAAACAAAUAAAGAUCAAAUUUAUGAUAAAGUUACCAUUCAAGAAACGUUUGGAAGCUUAUACCUAAAAUUAGGAAUGCACAACGAAGCUUUGAAUGAAUUUAAUAAAUUACUAGAGCGUAAUCCCGAAAAUAUUGAUUAUUAUUGCAAACUUCACGAUGCCGAGAAACUCACUACCGAUCAAGAAAAGUACGACAUGGCUUGCCGGUAUAGAAUAAAAUUUCCAAGAGCCUUAAUGCCUAGAAGAAUGGCGUUGAACUAUGUUACUGGUGAUACUUUUCGAAAUGAGGUUGAUGACUACAUGAGAAAAGGCUUCCAUAAAGGAGUGCCGCCGUUAUUCGUCGAUUUAAAGUCACUGUACAAAGAUAAAGAAAAAGUAAAAAUUAUAGAAGAUUUAUUGCAGUCUUACCUCGUUGCAUUGAAGAGCAUAGGAUGUUUUAGUUUAAAAAUUAAUGAAGAAAAACAACCUGCUUCCGCUAUACUUUGGGUUUACUAUUACAUGGCGCAACAUUACGAUUUCCUAAAAGAUACGACGAAAGCUCUAGAAUUCAUCGAUGCUGCUGUUAGCCAUACACCUACGCUUAUCGAAUUAUUCAUCGUUAAAGGACAAAUUUAUAAACAUGCUGGUGAUGUCAAUGAAGCCUAUAAAUGGAUGGACGAAGCUCAAGCGUUGGAUACUGCUGAUCGUUACAUUAAUUAUAAGUGUGCUAAGUAUAUGUUGAGGGCGAAUCUUCUAAAAGAAGCAGAAGAAAUAUGUUCUAAAUUUACCAGGGAAGGUGUGUCGGCAAUGGAGAAUUUAAAUGAAAUGCAGUGCAUUUGGUUUCAAACGGAAUGUGCGUUGGCUUACCAAAGAUUGGAAAAAUGGGGUGAAGCCCUGAAAAAAUGCCAUGAAAUUGAUAGACAUUUUUCUGAGAUAAUCGAAGAUCAGUUUGAUUUCCAUACCUACUGCAUGCGUAAAAUGACGUUAAGAUCGUACGUUGGACUGCUUAGAUUAGAAGACGUUUUGAGAUCUCAUCCAUUCUACUUUAGAGCUGCACAAUGCGCCAUCCAAGUUUAUCUCCGUUUAUACGAUAGACCUCUUUCAGACAUCGAUACUCAACAGCAGUUGAAUACAGAAAACGUGCCGCCCGCUCAAUUGAAGAAGUUGUUAAAUAAGCAGAAAAAGGCUAGAAGAAAGGCCGAAUUGGAAAAGGCUCAAGCCAUCGCUGCGCAAGAGAAACGUGAACAUAAGAAUAAACAAGUUCAGAGCAAUAGUGAAGAGAACGAAUCUCAACCUCAAGAUGAACUUAUACCAGAAAAAUUGGAAAGAGUUGAUAAUCCUCUAGAUCAAGCGAUAAAGUUCCUAAAACCAUUACAGCAACUAGCCAGCGAAAGAAUAGAAACGCAUUUAAUGGCGUUCGAAAUUUACUACAGGAAAGAUAAGCCAUUGCUAAUGUUACAGUCAAUAAAAAGAGCUUUUCGAUUAGAUAGUUCAAAUGCAGAAUUGCACUCUUGUCUGAUACGAUUUGAGUUGAAACUAGUCAGUUUACGUAAACAAACAGAACCAUCGGUGGAGGAGCCUGUUUUAACUGUUUUACAGAAAGAGAUGGAACCUAUUUUAAGAGGGCGUACAGCUGCACAAAUAAAUAAAGAGUUCCUUGCCGAAAAUUCGAGAAGUUUACCGGUCUUAUUCGAAGGUGCAAAAAUGAUGUAUUUAUUAGAUCCAUCGAAACAAGACGAAGCCAUCAAACUUGCUACAACUCUAGAUCCCAACAUUGACGAUAUCAGCAUACAAACGUGUUCAAAAAUCUUUACCGCUUUCAAAAAUUCUGCUUUCGGAGACGCCGAAAAGCAAACCGAAGAAUACAAAGAACGAUGUCACCAGAAAUUUCCAUACUCUACAAUAUUCAAGCCACCGGUAUCUGAAACAGCGGUCAGCGAUACGUGUUUGAAGACGGAUAGCAGCAAAUUCGUACUAGAAAGUCAGGAAAACUGCAAGGAUAAUUUUCAAGAGAAUUGUCAAGAAAUUAGCGUAAGCAAUUAAUGAAAGUUUAAAUGAACAAAUGGUGUAGAGAAAUUGAAAAUAGAUGCGUUUAGAUACUCGGUAAUCAAAAUUGUAGUACGACCCGACGAUUACGCGAAUAUGCUAAAUUAUUUGUAAAUAAUUCGAAAUAUUUUAAGCUUUUUUUCCUCUCUCUUUUGUAACGUUUUACAAAAAGUAACAGAAUGCGUUUUUUUUUCUCUUUUUCUCCUUCUUUUUUUAAAAAAAAAAUUACAUAUUAUUUAAUUUGUUAUCGAAUACUUUAUUUUUUGUACAAUAAUGUCAAUAUAAGUAAUAUACGUUGAAACUACCACAGUUGUAGUGUAAUGUAGUAGGUACCUAGUGUAUUUUUCAUUGGCAUGUGAGUAUCUUGUGUGGUUAUGCUGGUCGAGUUGAAUUUAAAUGGUAUAUGGCCGCGGUAGAAUUUAAGGUGACUUGUUCCACUGUAUCAAUUCUCUUUUUUUUCCUUUUUGUAAGUCAAUUAUCAACUAAAGUGUUACGGUGGUAGUUGAAAAUUAAAUUUGUCAAAUAUA